UCCUAUGUUUACGUUUGAUUCGAUGAAUCCUAACUUUAAUAAAUAUUAAACGACUGCUACUUAUAAUUACUGACAAAAUGUCAACUACUAUUGUACAGUAUGUUUUGCUCCGGAGCGAUUUAUUAAAAGAUUUAGGUUGGUCGAUAGGAUCAUUAGUUGCUCAAGCAUGCCAUGCUUCCUCUGCAGUGUUACAUUUAUUCAAAGAUGAUGAAUGCACUGUACAAUAUUUGAAUGAUCUAGAUAAUAUGCAUAAAGUUGUACUAGAAGUUCCUGAUGAAGAAUCAUUAAAAAAAAUAUCAAAUAAAUUAAAAGAAAAUUCUAUAGAUCAUAAAUUGUGGAUUGAACAGCCAGAAAAUAUUCCUACAUGUUUAGCUCUUAAACCUUAUCCUAAAGAAGCAGUAAAAAAGUUUGUAGGCAAAUUUAAGUUAUAUAAAACAACAUUAGAAUAAGACACAUUAAUUUAAUAAAUUAUCUGAAAUGCAAAUAACUAUGGUUAAAUAAUAAAUCUGUUUCAUUAUUUUAAUUUAAUGUUGUACAAAUUAUAUACUUGUUUCAUUGUUGCAAAAUGUUAUGGACAAU